ACAUUCUUUAUUUGCGUGUGUAGAGACUAGAGAGUCUUUCUAAUUAGAGUAACGUAGUGAACUUAACAUUUAUGUUUGCUAUUUAGAGAGAGGUGUGGUCUCUUUUACUAUGCUUUUGGGUUCAUUGACUUGGUGAGAGUUGUAGAACACUUGAUAUUGAUAGGAUUGCAAUGGCUUUGAUUCUUUGUUUUGCAUGUCCAAAUCAGAUGGGGUAUGGAAUUUGACUGACAGGACUUGGCUUUGGAGCAUUUGAUCUUCUGAGUUUUUGUCUCUUGACUCUUUUGUGCUUAUAUAAAAAAAUUUCUAUAUAUAAAACUCAGAGAGAGUAUUACACCCACAACAAAAUCUCUUGGAACUCCUUUCUUCUUGGAUAUCCUCUCUAGUAUCUCCUCCAGUAAAAUUAUAUUUUGUUUGACAGUUUAUUUGUUUUAUUUGAUAUAUAGGAAGCUUUUUAUUUUUUUUUAACUUUCUGGAGUCUGAGGUCUUUUGUUAAUUUUUUUUCUAAGGUUUCUAGUUGGGGGUUGCUUAGUUGGGAAAAUUUUCGUACAGGAAAUGGGUGGUCUAGUCUGUUCUGUUGUUCGGAGAACAUCUUUUGGUUGCUGUUGGAGAAGGGACUUUUUAUGACUUUUGGUGCUUCAAAAGGGAGGCUUCUAUAAUCAGGCAUGAAAAGAGGUUUAUUAGUUUCUAUCAUGUUAAUUAGCAUCUGGUGAAUACACAAAGCCAAGUGAAGAAAAAACCAACACAAAAUUUAGUCAUGAAGUUUAUGAAACUCGGAUCCCGGCCUGACACCUUCUACACUGCUGAGGCCGUAAGGUCUGUCUCUUCUGAAGUCUCUAGUGACCUUAUAAUUCAAGUGAAAGGAAGCAGAUAUCUGCUUCACAAGUUUCCUCUGUUGUCAAAGUGUUUGCGGCUGCAGAGGCUAUGCUCUGAAUCCCCAGAAACAUCACAACACCAAAUAAUCCAACUACCUGAUUUCCCUGGUGGAAUUGAGGCGUUUGAGCUUUGUGCAAAGUUCUGUUAUGGUAUUACGAUCACUCUCAGCGCGUAUAACAUUGUUUCUGCAAGAUGUGCAGCUGAAUAUCUGCAGAUGACAGAAGACGUUGAGAAGGGCAACUUAGCUUACAAACUCGAAGUUUUUUUCAAUUCCUGCAUCCUACACGGCUGGAAAGACUCUAUUGUCACUCUGCAGAGCACCAAAGCCUUUCCUUUAUGGUCAGAAGACCUUGGAAUUACAAGCAGAUGCAUUGAAGCAAUUGCGUCAAAAGUUUUGACACACCCCUCCAAGGUGAGCUUGUCACAUAGUCAUUCGAGAAGGGUUAGGGAUGAUAUAUCUUGUAAUGGAGCAGAGAGCCAGCGGCACAGACCAACAACCAAGGGUUGGUGGGCUGAAGACAUGGCUGAGUUGGGUAUAGACCUCUACUGGAGAACUAUGAUAGCAAUAAAAUCUGGUGGGAAAAUACCCUCUAAUCUCAUUGGCGAAGCAUUGCAAAUUUAUGCAUCUCGAUCGCUACCUAACAUAUCCAGACAAAUAAAAGCUAAAAAAGAAGCAGCAUCUGACUCCGAUUCAGACUCAGCUGGUGAGGUUACUUCAAAGCACCGGCUGCUGUUGGAAUCAAUAGUAAGUUUACUCCCGUCUGAAAAAGGCGCUGUUUCUUGCAGUUUUCUACUUAAACUCUUGAAAGCAGCCAACAUUCUUAAUGCUUCAUCUUCUUCAAAGAUGGAAUUGGCUAGAAGAGUAGCACUUCAGUUAGAGGAGGCAAGAGUCAGUGAUCUGUUAAUACCCUCUGUGUCAUACUCAAGUGAUAGUCUCUAUGAUGUAGACAUAGUCAUGAUAAUUUUGGAGCAAUUCAUGUUACAAGGGCAGAGUCCUCCAACUAGCCCUCAAAGAUCCAAGCUGGGGUUUGAAGGGAGAAGAAGGUCCCGUUCGGCCGAGAAUAUUGAUUUUGAGUUUCAGGAAAAUAGGAGGUCAUCUUCAGCAUCACAUAGCUCCAAACUAAAAGUAGCCAAAAUUGUAGAUGGAUAUCUUAAAGAGAUUGCCAGAGACAAAACUUUACCUCUGUCAAAAUUCAUUGCAAUAGCUGAGACAAUUCCAGAUUUCUCACGGCAUGACCAUGAUGAUCUCUACCGAGCGAUUGACAUUUAUCUUAAGGCACAUCCGGACCUAAACAAGAGCGAAAGAAAAAAGUUGUGCCGCGUUCUAGACUGCAAAAAACUCUCUGUUGAGGCCUGCAUGCACGCUGCGCAAAAUGAAAAACUUCCUCUUAGAGUAGUGGUACAAGUUCUCUUCUUUGAGCAAGCUCGAGCUGCCACGGCAGGGGGCAAAGUGACUGAAUUGCCUAGCAACAUUAAGGCACUUCUAGCCUCUCAUAACAUUGAUCCAUCAAGGCCUCCCGGGCCUUUAAGCACUACUACUAGCAUUCAAGCAGAUGACCAAUGGAGCGUCUCAGGCCUUAAAUCUCCAAAGUCCAGAAUUUCAACAUUAAGGAUGAAGCUUGCUGAAGAUGAUGAUUUGGACGAAAAUGAUAUGCACACUGACGGAAUGGGAAGACCGUCCAAGUUCAAGGCUUUCUGUGCUCUUCCUGCGAGACCCAAAAAAAUGUUCAGUAAGUUGUUGUCCAUCAAUAGAAGUGGCAGUGAAAAGAAUUGAGUGAAUUUUGUUUAUUUCCAAGUUGGGGAUGGUAAUUUUAAAGGUAACGUAUACUCUCUUCUUUUUUCUUUUUCUUUUUUUUUUUGUCCUUGAGCAAAUGCCUUGUAAUUUUAGCUGAGAAUCAAAGAAUCUCAAUGUGCAUUGUUGAUGUAACCUAAUAUAAUAAGAAUCAAGAUUUUCACGA